GCUAUGUUUAUUAUUUAAAAAAAUGUUUUGUGUAUUUAUUUAUUUUUCCGCUGUAUCUCAGGAGGUUCCUGACCGAACAAAGGGUUUGUUAUCACAAUCAGGUCCGGUUUAAACGCUCGCGUACACACGCUUCUUCUGCGUCGCGUCGCGUCUCGCUCUCUUAGCGGAGACGCUUCUAUCACGGACACGUCAGAGAUCACCACGCAUUUAGCGUGUCCAGUCAGAGACCCCUCUGCCCUACAUUCAUUCCCGAUGCUGGAGGAGGAUGGGGAGGCAAAUCCCAGAAUGUCCUCGCGGAUGGAUGCAAGCUGUUGUUGUAGUUCCGCGGAUCGUGCGUGCGCGUAACGUGAGUGAAUCGUGAAUAGAUAGAUAGAUAGAUAGAUAUUAUUCAUCCCAUGAGGGACAUCGGAGGACGCGUUUGGAAGGACUUUUAAGCACCAGAGGAGAGAAGGGGGUCCACUCAGUGCCGACCGGAGCAUGAUGGACCCCCUGGCUGACAUUCGCGCAUCUCAGGCGGAGCGCAGCAGCAGAGGAGCCGCCGGUGGAGAAUCAGCGGACGAGCAGAGACGCGGCUGCGGGAGAGACGCGGCGCUGGCCGGCAGCGACAGUCUGAGCAGCUUCGCCGACAUGGAAGACUCGCUGGAGGAGAAACUCAAAGGUCUGGCGUUCAGGAAACAGAUCUCGUACAGGAAAGCCAUCUCACGGUCGGGCCUCCAGCAUUUGGGUCCGGCCCACAGUCCAUUCCCUGCCCUGAGCAAUGGACCGGCCAAGGAGCUUCGCAGCACAGUGGACUGGAGCGAGAACGCAGUGAACGGUGACCACCUGUGGCAGGAGACGAAUUGCUCCGGCGAUCUCUGCUACCUGGGCGAGGAGACGUGCGUGGUCAAGAUUGCAAAGUCGGCUCCCCGGAGGAAGUGUGCAGCCUGUAAGAUCGUGGUCCACACGGCGUGUAUCGAGGAGCUGGACAAGGUGAGCGGAGGCAGAAAUAUCUCUGUAAUUCUCAUGCACGUCAUCAGUAUGCCCUCCGCAGAUGAACGCUGACGUUUGUCUCUUCAACAGAAGUUCUUCCACAGCAAGGAGAUUGUGGCCAUCAGUUGCUCCUGGUGCAAGCAGGCAUUCCAUAAUAAGGUCACGUGCUUCAUGCUACAUCAGAUCGAGGAGCCCUGUUCUCUAGGAGCUCACGCCGGGGUCAUCGUACCCCCUUCAUGGAUCAUCAAAGUCAGGAAACCGCAGAGCUCAUUUAAAAACUCCACUCGAAGGAAAAAACGGACGUCGUUCAAAAGAAGAGCCAGCAAAAAGGGGACGGAUGAAUCGAAAUGGCGUCCGUUCAUGCUGAAGCCGCUGCCCUCACCGCUGAUGAAACCAGUGCUGGUGUUCGUCAACCCCAAGAGCGGCGGAAACCAGGGGACAAAGCUGCUGCAGAUGUUCAUGUGGAUCCUGAACCCUCGGCAGGUGUUUGAUUUGUCUCAGGGAGGGCCCAGAGAAGCGCUGGAAUUAUACAGGAAAGUGCCAAAUCUUCGCAUCCUUGCCUGUGGAGGAGAUGGAACGGUGGGCUGGAUUCUCUCGGCCUUAGAUGAACUACAAAUGAACCCACAACCUCCUGUAGCUGUGCUUCCUCUUGGUACAGGAAAUGACCUUGCCAGGACACUGAACUGGGGAGGGGGUUACACAGACGAUCCGGUGUCGAAGGUCUUGUGUCAGGUGGAGGACGGGACGGUGGUGCAGCUGGACCGCUGGAAUCUGCAGGUGGAGCGAUCGGCCGUUCAGCCGGAGGAGGGAACGCAGAAGCUUCCUCUAAACGUGUUCAAUAACUACUUCAGCCUCGGCUUUGAUGCCCACGUCACCCUGGAGUUCCACGAGUCCAGAGAAGCCAAUCCUGAGAAAUUCAACAGUCGCUUCCGUAACAAGAUGUUCUAUGCAGGGGCGGCCUUCUCUGACUUCCUCCAGCGGAGCUCCAGGGACCUGUCCAAGCACGUCAGGGUGGUGUGUGACGGUACGGAUCUCACACCCAAGAUCCAGGAGCUGAAGUUUCAGUGCAUCGUCUUCUUGAAUAUUCCCAGGUACUGUGCAGGGACCAUGCCGUGGGGCAACACGGGCGACCACAGAGAUUUCGAGCCUCAGAGGCACGACGACGGCUGCAUCGAGGUGAUCGGCUUCACCAUGGCCUCGCUGGCGGCGCUGCAGGUGGGCGGCCACGGCGAGCGGCUGCAUCAGUGCAGAGAGGUGGUCCUCACCACCUUCAAGACGCUGCCGGUGCAGGUGGACGGAGAGCCGUGCCGCCUCGCGCCCUCCACCCUCCGCAUAUCUCUGAGGAACCAGGCCAACAUGCUGCAGAAGAGCAAGAGACGCACGUCUGUGCCGCUGCUCAACGACCCUCAUGCCGUCCCUGAGCGUCUGCGUCUGCGCGUGAACCGCAUCGGCCUGCAGGAGUACGAGAGCAUGCAGUUCGACAAGGAGCGUCUGCGUGACAUCUCGACUCCUGUUGGCAUCGUGGUGGUGAGAGGAGACUGUGACCUGGAAACCUGUCGACUGUACAUUGACAGACUGCAGGAGGAUUUGCAUCAGGCGCCCUCUACUGGUCACAGAGUGCACUACCAGGAUGAGAGCACAGGUCUGCCGCGGCCCAGUUCUGCACACAGACUUUCACCGAACUGGAGCUUCCUAGACUCUACAUCAGCUGACCGCUUUUAUCGCAUAGACAAGGCUCAGGAGCACCUGCACUUUGUGACCGAAAUAUGCCAGGAUGAGGUUUUCAUCCUGGACCACGAGGCCCCAGCGGUGAGCAAGGUCCGGGUCCCAGGAAUGCCAGACGUGGUGGUGGAGCCCAGUUCCGGGGUUGCCCUGACCUCAGACGAACAAGCUCUCCUGUCGGCUACUGUUAAAGGAGAUGUAGAGGCGGUGUCGGGCUGCUGCGCCGCCGGGGUCGGUCUGCUGGUACGGGACUCUACGGGCUGCACCGCUCUGCACCUGGCCGCCCAACACGGCCACACGGAGAUCGUGACUUUUAUUCUGGAGCACGGGUCAAAGUUGAUGUUGGAUUUAACUGACAGAGACACAGGCGAUACCGCAUUGCACAAAGCAGCGUCUCAGCAGCAUGUGGAGGUGUGCAGACGUCUGCUGGAGGCCGGGGCUUCCCUCAGCAAAACUAACUUCCUAGGAAAAACCCCCAAGGAUUGCGCCCUGGACGCCGGGAACGCGGAGUUGGCGUCUCUCAUGGAGAGCCAGCCGGUGGAGGAGCCGGCGGUGCACGAGGACCUGGAGACGGCUGUAUGAACGGGCUCAGCGAUUAGAGUCGGGAAGAUGUUUACUCACAGAAAGCGGCUGUCGGCACUCCUCCGAGCGUCCGCUCGCACUCGCAGAGAAAGAACGAGAGAGCGUGAGAGAAGACAGACGGAGAGAGAGGUGUAUCGAGAGCGCCUCGGGUUGAGAGAGUCCUCGGGAUCGCGUCUAGCUGUUGUUUUUCCACUGAUGUCGCUGUGGGGUUUUAGCAUUUAUUUAUUGCUCUUAUUUAUUAUAACUAUUUAUUCAAAGAUGGAUUGGGUUUUGUUGCAUCGCAGGUUAGUUUUAGAGACAAAAGAUGUUUAAACUUGCCAGAGAUGGAAGCUGUCAUGCAUCAAUGUUGUGUGCCAAAGACACACAGAGAGGAAGAACAUCAACUGAAGAGAGUUCGAUUAAAGGAGGAUCUUCUUCCAGAGAGUUUUUAUGAUUGGACAGAAUCAUCGCGGAGAUUUUAAACUCAAACUACAGACUUUUCUCGUUUUGUUUGUGUGCCGUUACAGUGGAGUGAUUGUGAAAUUAUCUUACGACGACGAGAAAAGAUCUGAGCCAUAUUCAGUGCAAUAUGAAUGGAUGACAUUUGUGCAUUUAUCUAUUUAAUAUUACAUUACAUUAAUGUUUCAAGACAAGCAAAGGAACCGGAUUAUUAUUUUUUUUCCACUGAUGGCAGCUGAUUGGUUUCUGAAAUGCCAAGGUGGUUGCGUUUGACCGAAGAAUGACUAAACCAAAUGAAUGCCGGUGAGGUUUAAGUGUGGUAUUUCGAACAUAUGCUUAGUCCAUGUCACAUCACUCAUGCCGGGAAAUGCCCAGCGAUGUGUCUGCAUGAAAAACGGAUCACGCUGAGCCUUUGUGAGAUCCAUUUACAUACGAGUGAUCUGCUGUGUUGUCUUGUAUCAUUUUAAAGCAUUAUUGUGCAUGGAAAUUUUGUUACCUCUCUGGAUGUGUCUACCCCUCUGUGAUUAUGUAA